AUGAAUAGACAGUUCAUUCGUUCAUUUUCUAAAUCCAGUAUAAUAUUGAAACCUGGUUAUUCGACUGUUCAGCCAGUGCAUCAUUUAGUCAAAGUUGACAAGGCUAAAUUGAAACCAGUUUAUGAAGAAGUCUUGGUUCCAAAAGAUGACAUUCAAUCCAACAAAUUCAAACCAACAGAAGUAGCUCAAGACAGAGUUCAAGAAUAUUACGACAAUGUAUUGGCAUCUGAUUUAUUGUUGCAUUUAUAUGACCAUGAAGCCAAAACUAUUGUUGGUAACAAGAAGCGUACCUGGGGUACCGACUCUCCAUAUAAGUUGUACCGUGAAUUGCGUAAACCUGUUGGAAGCACAAGACCAACCAAGAAUAUUAAUCCAAUAAAACAUACUAAUAUCCCAAAAUUAGAAAGUAUCGUCAUUCAAUCUUAUAAUAAGAAAUCUUUGGACUCACCAUGGUUGAAUAUCACCACUAGAUUGCAACUAGCCACUAUCACAAAUGUUAAACCAAAAAUCCUUUAUGGUAAAUCCAAUAUUUUACCAUGGAAAGUAAGAGUUGGUAGAGCUUGUGGUGCUAAAGUUGAAUUAGUUGACAGAGAUAUGUCUCAGUUUAUUAGUACUUUGACUGAAUUGGUUUUACCAAGAAUUAGAGCAUUUAAAGGAAUUCCAAUCACUUCAGGUGACAAAAAUGGUAACAUUACUAUGGGUUUGACUCCAGAAGAUUGUAAACUUUUCCCAGAAUUGGAGCAUUUCCAAGAAUUGUUUCCAAACUUGAAUGGUUUGAAUAUUACUUUCAAGACCACCGCACAAACCGAUGCUCAUGCUAAAACUUUACUUAGUUGUUAUGGGUUCCCAUUUUCUAAGAGUCAAUAG